AAGUCUUCCGAAAGCCAUGAGCAGCUCUCUACGAUCCCGCUCCUAGAGUACCCCACACCCGAUGUGGCCCCAGAUCACGGGAGUAUGCCUUUCUAACGUGGUAUUUAGGUUUAGGUAGUGCGGUCAGGAAAUCCAUGAUAUCUUUGGUCCCAUCUUGGAAAUACAACUUCCCGGAAGUCCUCGCUCUUCUGAUACUCUCCAUACUGCACGCAUAUUCUGUGAAGCAUUCGUUGCAAAUCCACAACAUGGCCCCUGAGAAACCAUUCCACGUCGCUGUCUGCGGAGGCGGAAUCGGAGGUCUUUGCUUGGUUAUUGGCCUUCUUCGACAGAAAGUCUCCUGCACGAUUUACGAGGCUGCUCCUGCUUUCGCAGAAAUUGGCGCUGGCGUUUCCUUCGGCCCCAACGCAGUACGGGCGAUGGAGCUGAUUCGUCCGCUCAUUGCGAAAGGUUUCGAGAAUUGUGUUACCCUGAACGGCUGGCCGGAGAAGAAGGAAACCUGGUUUGAUUUCAGAGUUGGGAAGUCGGAGUCGCGAGAUGGUCAGGAAGCGUUGAUAGACGUCCACGUUGCCGAUGUAAAAUCGGGGAAGUUAGGCCAAACCAGUGUUCACAGAGCUCAUUACUUAGACGAAUUGGUGAAGCUCGUUCCAGAUGGCGUAGCCAAGUUUGGUAAGAGAUUGAAAAACGUCACUGAGGAUGGUGAGAAAUUGAUCUUGUUCUUCGAAGAUGGCACAAGGGAAGAAGCAGACGCAGUUAUCGGCUGCGAUGGCAUCAAAUCUCGAACUCGACAUAUUCUGCUAGGCGCCAACCAUCCUGCUGCGAAUGCGGUGUUCUCUGGAAAAUAUGCCUACAGAGGAUUGAUACCCAUGGACAAGGCUGUUUGCGCGUUAGGAGACGAACUGGCACGAAAUUCCCAGGUAUACAUGGGCCACCAUGGCCACGUCCUUACCUUUCCUAUCGACCAGGGCAAAAUAAUGAAUGUUGUAGCCUUUAGAACGAAGCUCGACGGAAAAUGGGAGGAUCCUAUGUGGGUUCGGCCGUCUACAACAGAAGACAUGUUUGCAGACUUUGUGGGCUGGGGCGAUAAAGUUCAGAGUAUUUUGGGGCUCAUGGAAAAUCCGGAUGUAUGGGCGUUGUUUGAUCACCCACCCGCACCUGUGUUUUACAAAGGUCGACUAUGCCUACUUGGCGAUGCGGCACACGCGACGACACCCCACCAAGGAGCAGGAGCAGGUCAAGCAAUUGAGGAUGCCCUGGUGUUGUCCAAUUUACUGGGGCGGGUCAACUCCCCGGCAGACCUUGAAGACGCUUUCAAAGCGUACGAUGCUGUACGGAGGCCACGGAGCCAACGAGUGGUAAUUACAAGUCGAGAAGCUUCCCACCUUUAUGAGCUGGAGAAUGAAAAUAUUGGAUAUGACUUGGACAAAGCACGAAAGGAGCUUGAAGUCCGCUGUAAAUGGAUAUGGGAUGAAGAUCUGAGCGCUCAGGUCAAGACAGCCCAGGAUUCCAUGGCCAAAAAGCCUGUCGGUAGACUCUAGAGUUUUAUUAUGUAAUUUGGAGGAUUCAAAAAGGUUUGGCGGCGCAUUCUUGUUCAGGUUUAUAGUUUGGUUACAAUAAAAAACUUUGAGCAACA